AUGCAGAAGGCCGAGGAUGGGGAAGGCAUCACAAACACGCUCACCUCGCCCCGUCGCGUGGAUGGGCUUCGAAGGGUGGAGGCGCCAGGGACCAAAUCAGCGAAAAUCGGUCCCAAUUUGGCCAACGUGGCCCUCUGUGUGGAGGCCACCGUCGCCGCCACGCUUCGAUUGUUGCCAACGUACGCCGAAAGCAUGGACGACGCGCCAGCCACGGCGUCCAAGCCGCGGAUCCGCGCGCAGUUUCGAAAGCCUCGCGUACGCCUGAACUUUUCACGCAAUGUAGCCGGUGCCGCUGCGACAGGCGAUGGGCCCAAGACCAAGCCAUACAUGCAAGGCUACGACCGUGAGCUCGAUAGCGAGGACGACGAGACGGGCGAAGGCAUGGCCUUUGAGGAGCAGCUCAUUCUUCGCGUCCCUGAUGGACCCGGCGAAAAUGGCGAGCUAGACGAGCUUCGACGCAUCAUUCGGCGGCGUGGGGAGUACAAUGACGUUUGGUUCAAAUUUAAAGAUUCACGCCGCGCCGUGUUCCAUAUCGGCAAGCAGCUGUAUGCGGCCAAGCUGGUCGACUUGCCUUGCAUUGUGGAAUCACACAAGACCCUGGACAACAAGCAAAUCUUUAAGAUCGCCGACAUUUCCCAAAUGCUUCUGAUCGAGCGGCCCAUUGCGCACGAAAGCGAAGCUAUCGCGAGCACAUCGGCGACCAAGAACGCCAGCAACGACGAGUACAUCUACCCUCAUGGCAUUACGCCGCCUAUGACAUGGGCACGGAAGCGCCGAUUCCGCAAACGUAUCCACAACCAGUCGAUUGAUACUGUGGAAAAAGAAGUGGAAGGACUGCUGAAUGACGACAAACGCGCAGAGCGUGUCGAGUACGAGUUCAUCGACCCGGAGCUGGCGGACCAGAUCGAGCAAGAAAUUGCGCAACAAAAGCUCACAGCAGAGAGCAAUGCGUUGGACUCUGACGACGAGAAGCAUGACGAUGAUGAUGCCAUGUCCUCGCACGCUGGUGGCGACGACGCCGGCCUGGAUGGCGACUUUGAUGACGACGAGAAUGUAGAUCAAGACUUGGCUGCCGAGUUGGAUGCUGCCUUAGCACGUGAACAAGGCGACAUGCCUGAUGACGACGAGGACGAUGAUACCUCGACGCGAGGCGGCGGCGAUCGGGCUAGCGACGAUGCGCAGAGCAUGGGCGAUAGUGAUCUUGAGGACCUCUGGGACGAUGACGAUGACAACGAGGACGAUGUGGAAGCGGAGGUGGAAGCGAGCAAAUCCGACAAGGAUGAAGACGAUAAAGAUGACGAGGAUGACGGUGAAGAGGAGGCUGAACGCCGUGUCCGUGAAUCGCAAUUGGAGGCGGAAUGCCGCGAAAUCGAAGUGCUGAUUAAGCGCAAGCAGAACGAUGUGGAAAGCACGAUGAAUGCUUUGCUCAAGAGCCGCCAUCAACAAGCUCUGCGCAAGCUGCAGGCCGAACACGAUGCGAAGAAACGCCACCUGGGCGAUAUCAAACAGCUUCGUCGCACGAUUCGCGAAGAACGCGCUGCGGAAGCUGCACGCCAUGCAGCAGCAGCCACAGCCGCCGCUGCAGCGGCGGGCGCAACGGCAUCCUCCACGUCUGCGUCUGCGCCAGCGUCGGGGACGCCUGCGCCAGCCGCCUCAGCCACGCCAGGUACAACGAGCGCCUCGACCAGCACCGCGCAGGGCGCUGCUGAGGCGGCGCCUGAAGCUGAGUCAGGCCGGAAAUCGUCGUCAGAAACUCCAUCGUCUGCAUCGUAG